UUCUCUUUGAAACUCAUUGGUGAUUCGGUUCAUUAGAAAAUCAGUCGCUGUUGUGAACGGACGCGCAUCUUGACGAGUGCUAGUGAGCGAAAAAGGUAAAAAUCUUUUCAACAGAAAACACAACAAACUUCAACAGGAAAAAAAACUAAUUAAAGUAAUAAUCUUUAAAGAUGGCCCGUACCAAGCAGACAGCCCGUAAAUCUACCGGUGGUAAAGCUCCCCGUAAACAAUUGGCCACCAAGGCCGCCCGUAAAUCGGCCCCAUCUACCGGUGGUGUCAAGAAGCCCCAUCGUUAUCGUCCCGGUACCGUAGCCUUGCGUGAAAUUCGUCGCUACCAGAAAUCCACUGAAUUGCUUAUCCGCAAGUUGCCAUUCCAGCGUUUGGUACGUGAAAUUGCCCAGGAUUUCAAGACCGAUUUGCGUUUCCAGUCGGCUGCCAUUGGUGCCCUCCAGGAAGCUUCUGAAGCCUAUUUGGUCGGUUUGUUUGAAGACACCAACUUGUGCGCUAUCCAUGCCAAGCGUGUAACCAUUAUGCCUAAGGACAUCCAAUUGGCUCGCCGUAUUCGUGGUGAACGUGCUUAAGCAUCUUUUGUAGUAAUAGCAGCAGCUAAUAAUAACAAUGACAGCAACAACAACAGCAAAAAUGUCAACAUUAUUUUAAUAACAAAAUAUCAAUGCUGCCAGCCGCAUCAACAUCAGCAGCAACAGCA